CACUGCGUACACCAAUAAGACGCCACUUUAGAUGGUUGCUAGGAAACGAUUUGUGUCCAAGUUGCUGCGUUGAACAGUAUUUAGAAGAUUAGCAGUAAAAGUCAAUAUUAUCCAGAUUAUUGAAUUAAGUGCAUAUUUUACUCAUCGCGUCACGAAGGCUUGCGCUGCAAUGGGGAAAUUGAGGGCAAGGUGUCUGCUUGUCGGAGAUGCAGCCGUGGGGAAAAGUUCUCUGUCCCAUAUAUUCUACAGCGGUGGAUCUCUCUUUCAGAAGAACUAUAACAUGACAGCUGGAGUGGAGCUGUUGAUGAAGUGUGUCAACAUCCCAGAGACCAAUGACACGGUGGAGCUCUAUAUCUUAGACUCUGCAGGGAAGGAGACGCUAGCGGAGGGCUGUGAGAAAAUGUGGGGUGAACCUUCUUUGGUGUGCCUAGUGUUUGAUUUGACCAAUGAGCAGUCAUUUGUCAACUGCAGUGGUUGGAUGGAGAGAGUUCGUACGCACUGCCAAGGUCUUCGUGUUUCAGGUGUACUUGUGGGUAACAAGUCCGAUCUGUCUGCUAGAAGAGAAGUACAAGCGUCUGUAGCCAAGGAAUGGGCCCAGAGCCAGGGACUGGAGUAUCAUGAGACAUCAGCUAAAGAGAUGGAAAACUGUGAUGCACCAUUCCUCAGUGUAGCCCGGGCCUUCUACUCUCUCUAUAACGAGCACCUUGAGACCGUCCGAAACCUCAGUCCUGGCUAGACCUCAUCUUCACACACUGUCACAGAUGGCAACUAUUAACCCAGGACAAUUGAAACCCAAGACCACAUUGAUAAUAUUGAUGAAAACAGAAUGUUGUGUCUUGCUGUAACAUAAGAAACUAUUAAAUUUAUUUUAUUAA